AUGAACGCCCCCGAUCGCUUCGAGCUCUUUGUCUUGCCCGAUGGUGUCAAGAAGCUCACCAUCACACCCGACACAAAGAUCCCGAACGCAGCCACGUUCAAAGUCGAAAAAGAGGACCAUACACUCGCUAAUAUGCUCAGAAUGCAAUUGCUCGAGGAUCCAAAGGUGCUGUUUGCAGGAUACAAAAUGCCACAUCCUUUAGAUCACUACUUUAUCCUGAAGGUCCAAACCACUCCCGACACAACCCCAGCACAUGUCCUUGGAAACGCCCUCACAGAACUCAUCCAGAACGUCGGAAGCAUGAAGAAUAAAUUUGAGGUAAGGGACUGGACUAGAUUUCCCUUGAAAUCGAAUGGAUCGACAUCGAUGAGACGUUUUUCUGCAACGUUUCGGACAACUGUUCACAACCUGCUCAUUUUUUUCCCCACUAGAUGGAGCUGA